AUAUCACGCUGAAAAUUGCGGAAAUUUAUGUAGUGCUGUGUUUCCAACGCGUGUGUGUUGCACACACAGACUAACGAAAAAAAAUCAGCUUUAUCUUGCGUUGAGUAAUUUGAGGAAAUACCUUACCACCAUUUUUUCUACGUUUUUCAACAUUCGCACAACUGUUGCUAAGUUGCAGCUCUUUUUCAUUCACAAAAAAGUACUCUAAAAUCGACUUAAAAAUAAAAGCUGUUGCCUUUCCAAUUUGAUGGUUCAGUCAAUUGAAAAAAUAUUUACGGAAUAAAAACAGUACACAUUAUUUUUAGUUAGCUGAUUUUUACUUAAAGAAAUGUGGUUUCCUACAUUGAUUCCAUUUUGGAAUUUAAAAAAUUGAUGCACUAGUUUAAUAAUUACAACCCUUUCGUUUUAACAGCAAAAGGCGUUUGAGUCACUCUGUGUUCUUUGGGCAUCUGAAAUUUAUUUAAAGACCCCAAUUGCACCAGAGAGUUGACAUAGUUAUCUUAUUCUCAAAACGCGAUUACAUUCAAACGAUUUCAGUUCUUUAUAUGACAGCCUUGCUGAACUGUACCAACAAAACCACUAACAACGGCCAACUGAUUCUAAUGGUUAAGUGUGGUAGUGGUAUAUUUUAUGUUUCAUAGUAUAUAGCAUAUAUAGAACGCGUUUAGUGUUAUAGCGAACCAACAAACCGUAAAGCAAUUUUAUCCCUCUCAUUCCAAGAGAACUAUUUCUGAAACGACACACCAUUUAAAUAAGAUUUCAGUUUCACUCUCAAGCCAUAUUUAUUCUUUUUACAUCUACAUCUAUCAUACAAGAAAACCUUCACAAAUACCAUAUUUUACCAAAAAUGACUACACAAUUGAUUAUUUGAUUUUUAUCAAUUGAAAAAACACGAUUUAUCGCGUUUUUGCAGAUGUUUCAACUGCUCUUUCUUAUUGUUACAAAAACUGAGUUUGCUGUAAUAGAAUUCUCAAUCAUUGUUCCGGCUUAUUGAGGCCGUUCGUCCACGAAAUAAUACAUUCUUCAGUAAUUUUACAGUUAUGGAUCAGCAAUUUGAUCAAAACAACGCCGUUUUUCGCAGUCGAAAACCUGUCAAAUUUUUGGAUUUCAACCAAAUUUCACAAAAAAUUGUGCAAAGUCACGCCUCUUCUUCAAACGGAUUUGAAGCUAAAAUCCAGAAACCGGAACCUAAAAAAAUUACCACGAUAGAAAAUUGCGUCAUUCCUGAUGAUUUAGUUUUUUCAUCUGAUACUAAUUCUAGUCAGAAAAUUUCAACCCCCCUGCCGAAAGCGAGGAAAAAACUGAGGAAUCAACGGGGGGAAGUGGUGCAAAUUAACAAUAAUCAGAGCAGCGAGGGUGGGGCUCAUUUUGCAGAUUACCACAAAUUUACUUGGGGAGUUUCGCCAGAGAGUUCAAUAGCUUCCGGGUCAGGUCAACAGGCUUUGCGAAAGGAACUGGAAAAAGCCGAGUUGCUUCUCAACCAGAGCAUAGAGCGCUAUAGGUCACUGACCUCUGAGGUCACAGCAGUCACUGGGGUUAACAACCUAGAAGAGGUCAAGAUGAAAACAGGCACUAAAGACGCAAUCCGAAACGAAUUCCGAGCUCUUCUCGAGGAACACGACUGCUCCGGAACCUCGUGUACAACUUCGGUUAACAGUAUGAACAGUAAUUCUCCACCUCCGAACGGUUUCGUGGACCUAAACGAUUCUUCGCAAUCGCCCGAUAAGUGGCAAAAUCAAUCUUCGGUUAUGAAUGGGGGCGACGCUGUUGGCACAAGUGGCGAGUUGAAAUGUCCCCUGUGCAAUUUGAGGGUGACUACCUCUCUCUUCACGCCUGUGGUUCUUCUCCCCUGCCAACACGUCAUCUGUGAAGUGUGUGCCGACCUCAGACAGUCCUCCCCCCUCACCCACUGUCCUGCCUGCUCCUGUGUUGUGGCCACAGUCCAGAAGGCUUCCUCUUUUCUUAAUAAGUCAAAUCAUCUCGUGAACCAAUCAGAUUUGGGCUGUGGUGACGACAUCUCGACGAGUGUUGCCGACGCUUCAUGCAGUUCGGUCACCACAGUGCUGACGACAGACAGCGACACGGGGUCAGCUAGGGUAGAGCCGACAAUGUCAGACGCCGAACAACUAUUCUUCAUCCGGGAGGUCAAGUUCAAAAAACAGAUGAACAAGUUAGAAGUCGAAAAAGAACAGAUCGUUGAAGCGGAAAAUGCAGUUGCCCGACAACUCGAAAGCAUUCAAACAGAAGAAUCAAAAGUCAUGCAAGAAAUUCAUAUUCUGGAAGAAAAGUUGCACCACCUCCGAAUUCUGAAAGAGGAACACAGUAAAACAUUAGACGACCUGGUCCAAAAAGAAGACAAAAUAAAUGUGCGACAGUUUUUAGUGCAGCGAUCCCUGGAUAGUAUUGAAUUUCAGCGAUUAGAACAGGAAAUUGUCAACGAAAGUAAAUAGCGCUUUAACUCUAAUCGUAUUUCAUUUGAAUCACAAUGUGAAAUUUUGUAUAUUAGAUUGCUUAUACCCUUUAGUUAAUUAAUUUAAUAUCUGUUAAA